AACCUGCUACAAAUUACUACAUUCCCAUACCUCUAUAACUAUGCCACAAAAAUGAAAAGAUUAUGCAUGAAAAGCAUUGACAAGUGCAGCUUGGUCAAAGGAUCCGGUACCCUUUGGGUCUAAGACAUUAACAAGCCUAUCCAAAUCGGCAGAAUUGCUCAUCUUCAUGGUUUCCAUGACGCUUCUGAGCUCAUUAGUGGCAAUGGAUCCGCUCUUUCCAGAGAGUGACUUGAACAAAUCAUUCAAACCACCAUCAGCCGGGAGUCCCUUGGCAACCUCCAUUCCAAAUUUGCAAAACUCAUCACAAUUCAUGGGUUUACACUUGGUCUUAACCUCAUCUGACAAGAUGAGACCAAGCGACUGCAGGGCAGCUAUAAUGGCAAUCUCGUUCAAAACACCCUCCAUCUUGUGGUCCAUGACCAAGAAAACAUUCCUCAACCGCGCAGCAAGAUCCAUUUUUCAAAUAUACGAGCGAAGAUUUCCUCAACCCGGAAGAAUAACUUGCAGUGGGAGAGAAGCGUCUAUUCCUCUGAUCAAAUGGGCAAUGUGUAGACUUUUCUAGGGUCCAACGACCUUUAUAUCUAUAUUCCUGUGGUAAAUUGUGAGUAGAUGCCACAAAAUCUAGAGAUUGUGGCUGAAACAAAAAUUAUAUGCAAAAACUUUGCAAUUGGCAGAUAUAUUCAGUUUUACACACCAGAGAAUAAUAAUUUACAGAUAAACUACGUGAAUAGCCGAAAAGGACUGCGUUUUAUGAUUUCUGCAAUGUGUAAGCGCUGCACCACAGAUGUGUUGCUU